UUUAUAUUGUUUGUUAAAGCUUGGAAGAAAGAUGGCGAUGGCUGCCGCGAGGAUUUUCCUCGUUCUGGCUCUUGUUCUUGCAAUCUUCUCAUCGGGAACGAGAGCAAGGUCUCCGGCUGCAGAUGAAGAUUUUGUGAGAGCAGUGGGAGAAUUGGCCGCUGCGAAAAGAUUCACGAAGUUCCUCUCGUCUAUCGAUCUACUGGCUCACCUCCGGGAGCUUGACGAGGUGACCAUCUUUGUUCCAAACGACGGUGCCUUCUCUUUCGCUCCAGACCUCACGGGGGAUGAGCUCUCCAAGAUCGUCAGGUACCACAUCCUUCCAAGGUACCACUCGUACAGCGCUCUCAGCGAGAUGGAGUUUCCGGUGUCCACUGUGGCCUCGGGCAAGGACUCCAGCGCCUACCAGCUCAUGGAGAUCAAUGGGGACUUGAUCGCCAGCGGGCAGAACUACGCCGAGAUUUCCAGCGUCGUCUUCGAUCGCAAGGCUUCGGUGGUGGUGUAUGAGAUUGACAAUGUGCUGAUUCCUUUGGAGCACGCCCAUGACAGUUGCCAGGAGCACGCUGCCGCGCCAUCACCAUCACCGCUGGUAGCACCAUUGCCGCCCCCUACCCAGGUACCACCAUCGUCAUCACCAUUGCCAUCGCCAUCACCAUCACCAGCCCCUACUGAGGCAUCCUUUCCACCAUUACCAUCAUCAUCACCAUCGCCCGCUCCUAUUGAGGUAUCCCUUCCACAAUCACCAUUGCCACCCCCUACCACACCAUUACCACUGCCAUCAUCAUCGCCAUUGCCAGUGUCAUUGCCGGAGGUAUCCUUUCCACCUCGCCCUACCGAGGCAUCGCCUCCCCCUCCUCCACCAUUGGCGUUUAGUGGAUCAUCAAGCCCUAAGCUAUUGUCUUGGCUCGUAUAUGUUGCGGCAUUGCUAGCUCUGGUAUGUUAA